AUAUGAAAUUGUAAUAGAGAAGGUUUUAAGCUACUUUUUAUUCCGGACAGUAAACAUAUCCCGAUCAUGCAGCCUAAGUCGAAUUCAAGAUAUUUAUUCUGUCUGGGUACUAAUAAAUACAAUAAGGCACACGUAAAUUCAGAUUUGUUUAUUACUUAAGGAACCAUAAAAACAAAUAGUGUCAUUACAAGAAAACAAAACUUCGUACUGAUUUUAUCCUCAAGCUGCGCAAAAGUGACUAUCUCAUUCUUUAUUAAGGAAUAGCAGUAACAUAUUGACUUGUACUUUGAACAAACAUUUUUGUGUGAUAUUUACAUAACAAAAUUCUAAAAGGUACCCAAAACUUAGCACCAGCAAACGAAGCCAAAAUGAAUUUAAAACUAAAUCAUUCUGAAUUCAAAUCCAAUGUAACGCUGGAUCAAGUGAUGGAAUACUUUAAUUUAAGUAUAACAAAUAUUACUAAUAAAAGUGACGUAUCACAAAUCCACUUGUUCGAUUUGUAUGAAGCUUAUAGUACAAAAGAGAAAGAACAGUUGCUUACUUACAAAGUUGUUGCGUAUGUUCUCGGGACAUUAAUUAUUUUAAGUAAUCUAAUUGUUGUUAUAUCCAGUGGCCUGAUCUUAAAGAAAGGUCAGCAACAUAAGAGUACAUAUCUAUUACUCGGUAACGUAUCCCUUGCUGAUACUAUUAUUGGUAUCUCUAUCAUCUUUGGCGCCACAAUUGACAAUAAUAUAAAUUCCGAUCCACUUUGUAUAUUCCAGUUAGGUAUGUUAGUAUGUCCUACGAUGGUAUCAAUUUUUAGUGUCGGUUUCAUUGCCGUUGAUCGAUACAUCUACAUACUACAUGGGCUUUACUACCAAAGAUGGUUCAACACCACCAGAGUCAGAAUCGGCAUUCUCUGCAUUUGGAUUAUUGGUAUCACCCUCGGUUUCAUGCCACUUACCGGAUGGGUCACCAGGGAACUUUAUAAUGCUCCGUGUGUCUACAUCGCAGUAUUCCCUGGUUCAUUAAUACUCUUUAAUUCUUUCCUAAGCGUCAUCCCUAUAAUACUUGUCGCUAUCCUAUACACAAUUAUUUUAAUUAAAGCUUUAAAAAAUUUGGCAAAGUUAAAGACCGCCCAAACAUCUGUAGUAACAAAAACAAAAGAUAAGCCUAAAUUAAGAAUAUAUCGUGGCAACAUUAAACCAACUAAUACUAUUUCUGUAAAGUAUCCACUUAAUAGUAAUACCAACAAGUUAAAAAGAAGUAUUUCGUUUAAUACAAACUACGUUAAUGAAAAUUCACACAGUAGACAAAAGAGUAUUUCUUUUAAAGCCAAAAGUAUCGAUGAUCUCACUAUCUCUAAUACAAAUAUUUCUAAAACAAACCAAAUUAAAGAUGAACUGAACCAAUCAGAAUUUAGUAUUCAAACUAUUGAAUCAACGAAUUCGGAUAAUAGUUUAUCUUUAAAUAGUCCUACAAUCCAUCAAAAUAAAAGUUUUACAAACAAAAACAAUAGAUCAAAAGAACCAAAUAAAUGUAGAGCAGUAACAGUGGUGAUGUUAACAUCGUUCAGUUUCAUAGCAACUUGGAUGCCGUUCUUUAUAAUUGUCAUAUUUUACGUUCUGUGUGAGGAAAAGACCACUAACGAUCAAUGUCUUAUGUUACGUAAGCUUCUCAAUGGUCCAGCUGCCACCUUAGCAUUCUUUAACAGUGUACUGAAUCCUUUGAUAUAUGCUUGGUGGCACAAAGGAUUUAAAAGAUCACUUAAAUCAUACUACAGAAAUUAUUUCCAAAAAUAUUUGAAGAAUAGAUGUGAUUUUACAGAAAAAUCGGAAAAUACUCGUACGAUAAAGAUUAACGUGUAGUAAUAUAGGAUAGAUAUAUCAUAAUUCCAUCAGAUAUUAAUCUGACAUCUUUAACUUGCCGUAAACAUUAUUGCCAACUGUGGGUACAUAUUUAUAAGGUAUAAAUUUAAUUUUAAUAUUGUAUACAAAACGGACAUUUUAUCUCAAUAUAUUGCAUCACAUGAAGUUUGUCUCGUAUUUGGACUCACCUCUUCCACAUUAUGCUAUAUUUAAUAUAUUUUUUUGUUAAAAAUGAUAAACAGAAAUAUAUUUUACAAAUAAAUACAAUAUCUGCUAUGUAGGUAAGUAUAUAAUGUGAACUAACAUGCUAACUAUGUAUUUGUUUUAAUAUAUACAUAAUAUUUAAACGCUUUCUUUAUAUUUCUUCAGUUAACUUAUCUGUACAAAAUUUUAUUUUUAAAAUAAGUAGCAAAGUCGCAAUAAUUAGAAUGCAAAACUUUUUUAUUUCAUUUAGUUCAUUCUUUUAUUGUCUCAUACUUCCCGUAAAUUCAUCAGCAUACAGUUUAUAACUUAUACCUACUUAUACCUACUUCUAUCCUUAAGAUAGAAAAUAAAGUAUCCCCAUAUCAUAAGAUAUAAAAAAAUAUUUUCAACCACUACUUGAUUUCAGAUUAUUAGAACUCCUCGUUUAGAUAUCUUACAUUUGUAUUUUGCAGGAAUAUUUAUAUCUUGCUUACCAGCAAUGGGGUGGACAGGAGAAACAUUCAGGGACUACAGAUGUUGGUACAUUGCCGUAUUCCCACCAUCAUUACUUAUCAUAGUAUCCAUCGUAGUAUUACUAAUAAUCAUUAUAGUCUGUGUCUUGUACAUAAUAAUUUUACACAGUGCCGUAAAAACGGUAGACAAAAUACGUGAGUUUAAAGAAAGUAACAGCAUAGCGUUCGUCAACCGAGCAUUUGAAGAUGAUAUCGGUCAAAUAUCAAAAACUACAGUGACAAUCACAGUUUCGACAGUAACCCAAGAACCUGGUUCCUCGAUAGAAUUGACCAAUACUAGUAAAACAAAUAUAAAACAAAAACGCACCAAGAGUAGACUUAAAGAGAAAAUUUCAAAUAUAUCCCGCUCUUAUUGCAGGGCAAAAGCUGUUAGUUCUAAUCCUAGUAAAUUAAAAGCAGUGAAAACUGUUUUGCUGGUUACUUUCUCCUUCGUUGGCACUUGGGCGCCAUAUUAUAUAGCUGUUAUUAUUUACGUAAAAUGUGAUAUUAUGCUACAUGGUUAUGAUUGUAUUCCAUUAGAAAUUCUAACUCUUGGACCAUUAUACCUAUUAGGAGUUUGUAACAGCUUAUUGGAUCCGCUUAUAUACGCUUGGAGGCAUUCUGGUUUUAAACGCUCUAUACGAAGGAUGUAUUGGAAAUAUGCAUGUAAAAUUAAAUUAUAAACUAAAUAUAACAUUGUUAUUACAAUAGGCUAUCUAUUAAGUAAUCAACAUACUAUGUAAAC